AUGGUAUGGUCAAACCAUAAUAUGAAGAGAAUGAGCUCAAUUCUAACAUCAGUUUUCAUUUUUUCAAUGAUUUUAUUUUCUGUGUAUGCAAGAAAUUGGCGUAUAGGAGACGGUGGUUUAGCCCGAUGGGAUACAAACUGCGACUUUAACGGUAGUGACAUUGACCAUGUUCCAAGCACAGGUGCGCAAUGUGGUGGCGUUUGCAUUGCAGAUGCGCGGUGCACACACUUCACUUAUUCAAGUGGCACUUGUCAUAAAAAACGUUAUUUAGGCAGUGGCUUUCGUGAAAGAUACGCUGGAGGUGAUGCUGUUUGUGGUUGGAUUGUUAACCGUAGUGGACAACCUUCAAAGUAA